GUGACGGCCGCCAUGGCGCCGGUCCCUGCUCCGUCGCCGUCCCUCAGCCGCCCCCGCAGGCCCGCCCCCCGCCGCCCGGACCAGGCCUCCUCCAUGGCCUCUCUCGGCGGCGGCGGCCGAGUCCCGAGCUCUCCUCCUCCUCCCGCUGCCGCCGCUGCUCCUCCUCCGCCAGAAACCGUCCCUCGCCAGGCCGCGGCUGGGCGCUUCCCCGGCUCCUCGGGGCCUGCGAGGCGGCUCCGCCCAGGCAGAGGCGCCCCAGUCAGCUGCUGCUGCUGCCGGCUAGGCCCCGAAGCCGCGCCUCGGAGGAAGCGGGAAGGCCCGGCGGAGGAAGGCGGCCUGAGGGGGCUGAGGAGGCGGAGGCCGCUCCUGAGGGGAGGGGCGCAGGCCUGUCAGCAGCGUCUGGGGGGGGGGGCUUUUGAAAAGUGGGGCGCGGGGGGUGUCCCACGGAGCGAAGUGGGGAGGGGGGUCUCCUUCAGGUAGGAAGGUGAGAAUAUAUAUAUAUUUAUAUUCCAUAUAUAUAUAUUGAAAGACUGUUGGGGAGUUUAAGGCAGGGCUUUGGGGGGGAGGCAUCUGCUCCAGGGGUCGGAAGACCCUCUAAAUAGGGGAGCUCUGAAUAGGGGAAGGGGUGCCUUGACCCCCUACUCUCUGCACUGCAAGAGGUUCUGGGACAGAAAAAGGGAGAGAGAGAUCUGGAUCCUUGUGUCUGCUUUUUUUCCCUGAUUGCAAGGGUGCAACUAGGGUGCAUGCUCCCCAUUGCAAGGGGAUAGUGGGGUUGGGGGUCCUCAGCCUGGAACUGGUAGGGGUCUCCGCUUUUGGAGCGUCGCCUUUGCUGAUCUGCAAAGCUAGGGCGUUGUUUGGGGCGCCUGCGACUUUUUGAAGGCCUGCUACCCCGGGGAAGCGAACCUUCGGAGGGUGGUUGUUGUUUUUUAAGUAGGUUUGGGGUUGGGGCACGGCCGGUGAGAGGGGUGCCCUAACCUGUGGGCCAAAUUCUGGUUGAGGAACAGGGGAGCCGCGGUGCUCAUCCAGGGGAGAAGCUAGCAGUGGCUCUGGGGUUGAGGAGCUGGCCGGUUCUGGAUCCGAAAUUUCCCUUGGCACCCGAAUGAUGCCUGCAAGAAGAAGUUCCUAGACGUGGUGAUCCUUUGCGAUCUUUUGCGAUCCAUUAAGCCACCCGCAAUGGCCUUGAGGGGACUCUGGCUCGUCGGCCACGAACAAGGGUCCUGUGCCACCGUGCUGUUUUCCAGGUAAUAUGCUGUAGUGAACCUACGUAAGAGCUGGUCAGUAUGUUCCUUUCACCACCCAGUGGCUGUUUCCCUGCCCUCUCUCUGCCAUUGUGAAGCAGAACGGCCUCUUGUGAGUUGAGCCAUCGCGUAAGGAGCAUCUCUGUAAGCGAUGGGUCAUAUCUCGAUGACAGAAGGCUGUGCUUUGCAUUCAGAAGUUUCCAGGUUCAACCCUGGGCAUCUGCAGUCAAAAUAGAUAGGGCAGAUUCGAUGAGGAAGACCCUCCUCCUUCGCCUGAAACUUUGAAAAGCUGCUGCCAGUCAGAGUAGACAGCAUUGGGCUGGAUGGGCAAAUAGUCAGAACUGAUGCACCACAACUUCUGUGGUUGCUGUUCCUGCGUAGCCUUUCUCCUUCCCAGUUUCCCCUGGGAUUGCCAGCUUGAGAUAAAGACUGAGGGUGAUCUCCCUUAGAGGAACCAGCCCACCAAUGACAUUAAUAAUAAUAAUAAUAUCUUUAUUGUCAUUGCCCCCUUCGGGGACAACGAAAUUACUUGACUGCUCCAUAAAAACUCUAAUUAAUCAAUACAGUAUAAUACAGCAAGGGAGAUUAGAUGACUUUCAAAGUCCGGGCUUCCCAUUCAGGGCCGAGAUCGCUCUGGAGAAGAAGCUGUUCUUAAGACGGCUCGUUCUUGUCUUCAUCAUCCUGUAUCUCCGUCCCGACGGCAAGAGCUCGAAGAGACAGUGACCAGGAUGCGAUGGAUCUUUUACUAUGUCCAGUGCCUUCCUAUGGCACCUUGUGGCAUAAAUCUGCUCUAAGGUGGAGAGUGGGCAGCCAACAAUGCUCUCUGCUGCCUUAACAACCCUGCACAACCCCAUCCUGUCCUGGGUAGUACAGCUUCCGUACUUGUGACUCACUGUGAUUUUGGUUUCCUAGCAUGCGAGCCAAGGUAUCUGAAAACAAAGGGCGUAUUUACACUACAUUCCCUCUCCCCAAAGAUCCCAGGCAAUUGUAGUUUGGAGCGUCUGCAUGGGAUAGCGUUCUUAACAAACCCGAGCUACAAUUACCAAGAUCCUUUUCGAAAGUCAUGGCAGUUGAAAUUCUAUAGUGUCUUGGAGAAAGACAAUACUGGGCAAUAAGGCAGCUUCCUAUAUUCUUCCUAUACAGUAAGCCUGCAACCCACGCACAGGUUGCAUUCUGGGGACUGCGCCUAAAGCCAAAAUCGCAUAUAGUCAAAAGACAUUGGGUGCAAUGGUGGGUAGGAUUGCCAGAGACUUUUUUCCUGGACAUCCACCCUCUUUUUAUUAUUUGCACGUAAAGGUGAAUGUUCAUAAGUUAAAUGUGCAUACGUUGCGGGCGCACUGUAUUGAUAGUGGCUCCUCUGUGUGACGGAUACACAGUACAGUAACAUUGUAUUUUGGGUGGUGAGGUACAUUGGUGGGGCCCACAGGAGGCAAUUAUUUAGCAUUAUUUCUCUAGUACAGCAUUGUCUUCCUGAAUGUGGUUGUCACCAGUUCAAGGCUGCAAUCACAAAACCCUAGUGGCAACUUGCUCUGUGCGUUUGUGUCUCAGCUGCUCCCAAGGCCAGUGUAAUUGACUAUGAGCUCUGCCUCCUCUCCAGCUUCAUGGCUGGAAAAAAAGAGAUUGGAGCUCAUGGAGCUUAGCAGAAAACAGUGGAACACACUCAGUUGCAAGCAGAAUCAUGGACCCCUUCCCCGUUUUUCUGGAGUGGCUAUUUGGAAUAGCAACACUCCGAACAAUGUAUAAAACAGGUUGGUGACAUGUUCCUCCAUAAUGCAGAGAAAGACCUCAGAAACCACAUCGUGUCCUAAACAUAAUGUGUACUCUGCCUCCAAUAUUAUACCAUUUUCCUCCUGUUUCCCCACGGGGACCAAAUUCUUGGCAACCUUGGAUGGGCUACUUGCCCUGGGUCCUGCUUUUAAAGGGUAAAGGGACCCCUGACCAUUAGGUCCAGUCACGGAUGACUCUGGGGUUGCGGCGCUCAUCUCGCUUUAUUGGCUGAGGGAGCCAGCGUACAGCUUCCGGGUCAUGUGGCCAGCAUGACUAAGCCGCUUCUGGCGAACCAGAGCAGCACACGGAAAUGCCGUUUACCUUCCCGCCGGAGUGGUACCUAUUUAUCUACUUGCACUUUGACGUGCCUUCGAACUGCUAGGUUGGCAGGAGCAGGGACUGAGCAAUGGGAGCUCACCCCGUCGCGGGGAUUCGAACCACCAACCUUCUGAUUGGCAAGUCCUAGGCUCUGUGGUUUAACCCACAGCGCCACCCACAUCCCUUCUGUCCUGCAUUUACAUAGGAACAAAUGCCUUAUUCUGAGUCAGACCAUUUGUUCACAUAGCUCAAUAUUGUCUACACUGUUUGGCAGCAGCUGUCUAGGGUUUCAGGCAUGCUUUUGCAUGGUGGAGGAGUGGCGAGCGCCUCUCCAAUCGCCGUGCAUGUGACAUUGCAUAAAAUUUGUAUGUGGCACAUGGAUGUGCCGUCAUGCAGGUACCUAAUUUUGCUUCCUCAGAAAGGAGGGGAAGAGUUUGCCUGGAGUGCCCAUGUUAUGGAUGUGGGGAGAAGAAGGGUCUAUCCCAGUAUACAAAGUCGUGAUGAGCAUGUGAACAUUGCACGCACUUUCACUCGCAUUUCUCUGUUACUUUCGCAUGAGCAUUGGGAGAGUUAAAAAGAGAAACAUAAAGAGCAUGUGCCAGUUCUGUAAAAUGUCUACACAAACUGUGCUUGUGAUUGUUGAGGUUCAGCAGUAAUUGUAGUCUGCAUUGUAGACUCAGGAAUACUUCAGCCAUCCUUCAGCCAAAAUGGGAAUUAGAGACAACAAAUAAAAACCUUCCACCAUGCCAGGUUCAAACACCGAUUCCACAUAAUGCCAAUUAUCCCCUUUUGUUCAUUCCUACUGUACUUUAAAGUGACACUGUCAACUUGAUAUUUGGAAUUAAAUUAAUUUUGAUGGGGGGAAAUUGAGCUUCUGACAGUGGCGUCUUUUAAAAAUAAUUACUGUACAACGUAGUAGUUAAAUCCAAUUGUUUAAUAUAUAAAAAAGGGUUUUUCUGUUCUCCCGUGGAUAUUACAAGGGUUUGAUAUUUCUUUUACUCCUCUGAAUAAGGGUAGAAUUAACCAUGGAGCUGUAGUUAAUAAAGGAAGAUAUAGAAGCAGUUGACAAUCAGUUGAUGAAUCGGAGCCUACAAACAGCAGUAAAGGUUUCUCAAAUUUAGGGGGCUGGAAAAGGACAUGAGCACAGAAACAAGUGAAUUGUCUGUUUUAUUGGUAAUAGAACCGUAAACAGGCAGGGCUCCAGGUUUGCCAAAGUAUUGGUCACAACUCAAGCCUUGGAGUGCUUGCAAAGCCUCAUUCCCCUGGGCAUAGAUAACAUCUUGUGUGAAGUGGAACUUCAGAUGAAGGCCUGUGUGUACAAUGGCCUGAUUCAUGCUGUGAUUUCUCCCCAGAAAAGGAUUGUGCCAAAACAGCCAUUGUGCAGAUAGGUGUCUUCAUGGAGCCUCCACCUCGUUUGUGACUUGUAAAAGCAGCUUGGUGAACCAACCCCUUAGGAGUUGGGUCAGUUUGGUGCCAUGCAGCUCAGACCAAUUUGGAGCAUGCAACAACAACAACAACAAUUUUAUUAUUUGUACCCCGCCCAUCUGACUGGGUUGCCACAGCCACUCUGGCUGGCUUUCAGGAGAUAAAGAAACACAAUAAAUCAUCAAACAUUAAAAACUUCCAUAUACAGGGCUGCCUUCAGGUGUCUUCUAAAAGCUGUAUAGUUAUUUAUCUCUUUGACAUCUGCUGGGAGGGCGUUCCACAGGGAGGGCGCCACCACCAAGAAGGCCCUCUGCCUGGUUCCCUAUAACUUCACAGUGGGGGAACUGCCAGAAGGCCCUCGGAGCUGGGCCUCAGUGUUUGGGCUGAAUGUCUCAAGCAACGUAAUGUUAACUUUCCUGCAACCUGUGUGCUUCCACAUUGCAGGCGUUACCCCACGGUUGAAAAGCGAGCAAUAUGCCUCAAUAGAGCAAGUUAUGUGGCCGUGCCUGAAGACGGCCCUUUCCUUAAAGCGCUGCUUUUCGAACUGAGACUGGCCGAUGAAGACCAGAGCUUCAUAGAGCGUAGGGAUGGCUGCUCCCGAAUCAACAAGACUUCGGUCUAUGCCCUUCAGACCGAAAGCGGAGAACUUUGGCCUGUGGUGGCCUUCCAAAAGAGCGGGUUGGUUUACGUCGGCCUCCCAUUGGUGGAGCAGCCCUUGGCACCGCGCCCACCUCUCAUCAGCAUCAGUGGGGUCUCUCAGGCUUUUGCGGUCUUGUCGGGGCUGCUGGCUUUCAUGAACUCCAGCCAGAAGAGUAAAGCAGAGAGGACUUCCAAAAUUGGCCAGCUCCCAGGCUUGCUUAUGCAGAGCUGUCCUCUUGGCACCCCGCUGGAUAUGAACUUGAACGGCUCGUCAUUGGAAAACAAUCAUGUUACUCCAAGUAGCCAUCCUCAGAAACCACCAGCUUGGAGAACCAGCGUGUACAAGGGAAAGCCUCAAGUUAAUGUCUGCAUUACUGAAAAAGUCAAGUCCGUGCAGUAUGACAAAAGGGAUGUGUCAGACAUGUGGCAGGUUUAUGGAACUGUAACUUGCAAGGUGAGACACUUUCUGGCGCAAAUCUCUCUAACCUAUUUGACACAUGAAUGCCCCUGGAAAAGCAAAAAUUCAGCUCAUUUUUAUCUUGGCAUAUGGGGAAGCUGAACCUAAUAUUUUUAAUGCUUCAGCAUGCCGCAGAGGAAAUGCUUCUUUUUUUAGAUUUGUGAACUAUACCAAACAGAAAAUCUCGCUUUACAGAUAUGCUCUUGCGUACCUCCCUCCUAGUUUCGCUAGCUGAAUAAAGAGUUAAAAGAUGCCACUGCUAAUUUCGAUAUCAUUUAUCAGUGUUUAGAUUUCAUCCUGCGGUGCUUGCAUUAUUCAUCCUCAUAAUAGCCCUGUGAGCUGAGAGACACUGUCUCAGUUCAGACAUUGUAGGUUGUACUUGUAAUAAAUUAUAAUAGUAAGAAUAGUAAUGAAAACAAUAAUACAAUUCUAGUUAUAGUCAGCAACAUCUGGAAGGUCGGAGGUUCCUCUUAAAGGGUAAAGGGACCCCUGACCAUUAGGUCCAGUUGUGACCGACUCUGGGGUUGUGGCGCUCAUCUCGCUUUAUUGGCCGAGGAAGCCGGCGUACAGCUUCCGGGUCAUGUGGCCAGCAUGACUAAGCCGCUUCUGGCGAAGCAGAGCAGCGCACGGAAACGCCGUUUACCUUCCCGCCAGAGCAGUACCUAUUUAUCUACUUGCACUUUGAGGUGCUUUCGAACUGCUAGGUUGGCAGGAGCAGGGACCGAGCAAUGGGAGCUCACCCCGGAUUCGAACUGCUGACCUUCUGAUCGGCAAGUCCUAGGCUCUGUGGUUUAACCCACAGCGCCACCCGCGUCCCCGCUAUUAUAGCUAUUAACUAUUUAAAGGGAAGCCUUUCUAGGAGGUUGUGAAGUGGGCCGUUCUCUAAGGAGGUCUGUUCCGUUCUCAUGGAUAACUAGGGAUGCUUUGAAGACUUCUCUUUCUUUGUCUUUGAAGUGCGACAUCGAAGGCACGGCUCCCAACGUGACCAUCAGCUUGAACCUCCCUGCCAACGGCUCUCCUCUCCAGGAUAUUUUGGCCCACCCUUGCGUUACGUCCCUCGACUCCGCCGUUCUGACUUCCAGCAGCGUUGACGUAAUGGACGACUCUGCCUUCAGCGGGCCUUACAAAUUCCCUUUAAUACCUCCUGCAGACCCCUUCGACCUGUGCUUUUAUACUUCCCAGGUAAGGCUGCACGAUUUGCAAUGUUAAUCUGGCAGCGGGGUCAGGCACUUGCCAGAGUCGGUACCCCAGCAAGAGGCACCAAGAUCCCCUGGCCCUCCUCCUCCUCCUUGCUGUUCUCCCAUCCUGUGGCCUGGUGAGGAUGACCAAGUGAGCAGCAACAGCGGUGAGGAUAAGGAGCAGCUGGCACCACUGGUGAUGAAGUGGCAGUGAUCGGGACCUGAUCUGGAGAAGGAAGGCGUCGGGGGGGAGAGGGAAGAUGGUGGUCAUCUGUCAUGGAUGCUUUAGCUGUAAUUCCUGCAUUGAAGGGAGUGGACUGAGUGACCCUUGGGAUCCUUUGCAAGUCUAAGAUUCUAUGAGCAGGAAAGAAUCUGGGCUGGCACACUUACCGGAUUUAUGAAGGCUGCAGAAGCAAGAGACCUGCCUGCCUGCCUGAUCAGUUAUCCAUUGAAAAAUACUUAUCAUAUGUGCCCGUCUUGUUCUGGUUCAUUUAUUUACAGCAUGGCACCACGUAAUGUGAAGUUUAAGGGUUAAAAGCAACACUUUUAAGCUGGGCGCUGUCAGACUGACACAUCACAGGUGCAAUAUCAUCAAAUUAUCAGUCCCGGUUAAUAAUCUUGCGGCCCUUUCCCGGACCAACUGUGGUUUCCGGACUGUUUUUAAAUGCAGCCGCACGUACAGAGAUUUACAUCUAUGGAAGGCAAAGUUACAAUCACACCUUCCUGUAUAAUAACAUGGUCUCUCAUAACAAAGCCUGGUCUCUUCUCAUCUCUGUCUCUCUGAAAGGAAUCUGCGAGUUAGCAAUGGCCCUCCAUCUCAUUACAUGCUUUGAGUGUGGCAUUGGGCAAGUUUUUGGCCUCCAUCCUAGAAAUAUUUCCAGCACCCUGCUGAUCGGUGGUUUAGAGAAUCUAGCUUGCAAAUGAGUUGUUAAUUCCUGUUUUCCAUCAGAAUUAAGCACUUUCUGCCUAAUUAUCUUACUGUUUAGCAAUCAGAGAGUUUAUAUCUGACAUCUGGAAGCUGUCAGCCCAUUUUAAUUUUAUUUAUUUUACUUUAUUCUGGAAUUUGCACUCUAUCAUGCCUCCAAAGAGGCCUCUGGGCAACUUGAAAAACCUGCAACCAUAAAAAAGCCUACAACCACCAAUUGAUAAAACGCAUAAGAAUGGUUUUAAAAUGUGAAUAUAAGGAAUUCAACUCUCUCUCCUCUCGCUCAGGUGCCUGUUCCACCAAUUUUGGGGUUUUAUCAGCUAAAAGAGGAAGAGUCACAGUGGAAGUUCACAGUUCACCUGAAGCUUCAUGAAAGUGUGAAAAACACUUUUGAGUACUGUGAGGCCCGUAUUCCCUUUCUCAACAGGUGAGAAUCAUGCAAUUGUCCCCUCUUUUCUGGGAGUGGGAUUUUCAAGAACCAACAUGUUUCCCUUCUCGGGUGCAGGUAAAAGUUGUCGUUGGGACAAGGCUUGAAAUAGAGCAUAGGACACAUCAUAUCUAGCCCAGUGUUGGGAAACCAUUGACCUUCCAGAUGUUGCUCAGUCAUCACAAUGGGUAAUGAGUAAGGACUGGACCAGCAGUUCACCUUUUACCAAUAUGAUGGAAAUAGGAGAGGUGUCUUCACUCGCCCUACAGCUGGGACAAUUUAUAACGGAGGAGUUACAAAGGCUACUGCUUACAUUGUCUCCUGGUGCAAAUGUUUAAUUUGCACCAAAUUCACCUUGUACAGAAAGUGUGCACUGUUACCGGUUAUUUAAUGAAGGGGUUCCAGGUAAGCCCCAGGUUGCUGUAACGGGGUUUGUUCUUCUGUUGGCGACAGGGGACCCAUUACACACCUGGAAUACAAGGUCAGCUACGGCCAGCUGGAGGUGGCAAAAGAGAAAAGCUUGCUGGUUUGGGUCAUAGGUAAGAUAAAACCUAUCCCCCCCCUCCACUUUCCUACUGAAGGAUGGUUGCGUACUGAACUUGUUUGAAAAGGCACCACAGCCACCUUGCUGGCUGCUCCAUCCACUCUUGGGCCAUGGGAAGAUCAGCCAAGUCCUCAUUAAAGCCCUUUCCCUCCCGGUGGGCUUUGCCAACCAGGACUUCUUUUACUUCACUAGCACAGAGUUGGUGGCCAAGAGUGUGAGCUCUGAACUCAAGCCAGGCAUGCUCUCAUCUCAGGCAAAAGCUCCGUACAUCCCAUUUUAGGCAGCCAACUGGCCCUUAGUUUCCCCUCCUGUAAUGUGGGGGCAAUGAUAAUUCUGACCUUCCCCACAGAAAUAUCAUUAGGGUUAUUUAGCUAGUGUGUUUGAAGGGCGCACUCAUAAAAUAUUGACACUAUCCCUCCUCUCGGCCAUCACAGCCCCUCUCCUCCAUAUUCUCUGCUCUGCCUUCCUGCUUUCUCCUUAACUAGCCCUUCUCCUCCUCUAUUUGGUUCCUAUGUGCCUAAAGAAUAGCCUUGGGACAUUUUAAAUUUAUAAUAAUAAUGAUUUUAUUACUUAUAUCCCGCCCACCCGGCUGGGUUGCCCCGGCCACAAACAGAUUUUGUUUAUUACCUUUCAUUGAAGAGUUGCUUCCUAUGAAGCAUCUCAAAGCGGUUCAACGAGAAAAACAUCAACAGUAACAUUGUAAAAAAUAAUUUCACAUAUAGAAGCAAUAUCAGAGCCAAUGCAGAUGCAGACUGGGAUAAGAAUAUCCCCUUGAUGGUCUUCAUUAGGCACCAAAAGGGCAGUAGACAAUUGGUGCCUGUAAGUGGAAGGAGUUUCAAAGUAUAGGUGUGACCACUGUAAAGGUCCAGUUUCUACAUACAUGCAACAUUUUCUUUUUAUGCUGCCUUUCCAUAGUUAAAACUAUGCUCAUGGGGGGUGGGGAGAGGAAAUGUUGCAGAAUUCAAAACACAAGAGAAGGAGUCAUAAGCUAAAAAGAAAACACCAGAAAGUACACAACCAAAUUUCCACAUAAAUCAUAAUGAAGGUACAAAAUAAAGGUACAAAAAAAAAAUCAAUAUCAAAACUCCCUAAGCAAUCAGCCCAAGAGUCAGUUCAGCAGCCUCGGCUUUUGUAGCUGGAGUCAGUCCGGGCCCUGCCCUCCCAGGCCAGGUGGGAAAAGGCCUGCAAAGCAGGGAGCUGGUCUUCCAGCACUCACAGCCGAGCUGUGGAAUGGACAUCCUGCGGAAUAGACCCUCUGGUGAGAUUGUGCCUGCAAGAAGCCCUACCCUGCAGAGUAGCGGCGGCUGUCUAGGGAGUUCAGUUGGGUCCCUGUUAUCCGUGAUGCCAAAGGUUCAACCAGCGCCCCUAGAUAUGCUCUGCCACUGAGCCUAAAGCAGAUGCGUCUUGCAGGUAGACAGGAGGCAACACAGUUUUGGGGGGUGGGGUGGCAAGAGCUUCUAUCACCACAUCUAAAGAAAAACCAGCCAGAAAGCUGGAUUUGGGGUGAGAGGCCCCCAUGGAGACAUCAUCAUCAUCAUCAUACAGUGGACGCUCGGGUUGCAAAUGUGAUCCAUGCGGGAUGCACAUUUGCAACCCGCAGUGUUGCGCGCAUGCGCAGGUUGGGAUUCUGCACUUCUGCGCAUGCACAAAGCGUGAUUUAGCGCUUCUGUGCAUGCAUGACCGCCGAAACCCGGAAGUGACCCGUUCUGGUACUUACGGGUUUCGGCGGUCCAUAACCCAAAAAAACGCAACCUGAAGCGUCUGUAACCCAAGGUAUGAUAAUAAUAAUCGUAAUCAUAAUAAUUAUAAUAAUAGUAAAAAACCUUUAUUGUCACUACACCACCUGUGUGCAGUGAAAUUAAAUGAGCCCCCCCACACACACAUACACUCAGUCUUGUUUGCACUCUGUGUGCUUGUCGGAAGUCAAUUACACCACUAUUAUUUUUCCAUCCAACAGCCCACGGAUAAAAACUGUUCUUUAACCUGUUUGUGCGCUGACUAUACUUCUGUAUCUCCUGCCCGAAGGUAGGAGAUUAAAGAAGUGGUGGCCAGGGUGUGAGUUGUCCCUAAGAAUUUUCCUCGCUCUCCUGAGGCAGCGGUCUCCCGCGAUGUCAUCUAGCGAACUCCGAGGACAGCCCAUGAUGUCAUGUGCGGCCAGCGACUCCUUGAAUAGGCCUGAGCAAAUAAUUCUCAGCACUCGGUCUGAUUUAUUUCACAGGCCUAUUGUAGUUCCCGUUUACUCUGAUUCCCACGAAAAGAGCUGGAUUGUGCUUUAUUAGCAUCACUGGUGUCUCACUUUGUGAACAAGUUCCCAAGCUGCGUUUGUCAGAUACGGGGCACUUAAUUCUUGGAACUGCUUAUUCUGAUAAUUGGGUUAGCCAAAAUUUAAAACCUUGGCUCAGCCUCGGAAAAUCUUAAAUGGCACCUGAGGAUAUUUUCCUCUUGGUUGUCGAAUUCCCUCUAUGCCCUGCAGCCCCUUCCUAUGUUGCCUUCAGGCAAACCACAAACAAUUCUAUCCGCCUCAGUCCUUCUUGCCUCCAUCUGCAGUAUGGGGAUAAAAAAUACUGACCUACAUUAUGAAGCUUGCUGUAAGGGGGACUGAAAUAAACCUUAACAAUGCGAAGCGCCUGGAAUAUUCCAAUGUCAGGUGUCAGUUCUAAAUGAUGCAAUGUAUUUAUUUCAACAAUUUGUAUACCACUUACUCACAGUUGUCUCGGAGUAGCGUACUGGUGAGCCAAUACAAUAAGACAAAAAUUUCUUAAAAUCUGAAUUCAGUUAAAAUGCCUGCCAAAUUUUUUAUUUUAAAAAAAAGUAAGUUUUGAAGGUGCCGCAUUUGUAAGAACUCGGUCAUUUAGUGCUGCGGUGCCUAAACUUUGGACCUCCCUGCCUGGUGAGACCUUCCCCAUGCUCUUUUCAGCACCUGCUAAAAACAUUAUUAGAAACAAGCUUGGAAAGUUGAGGAAAUUUUAAUCUGUCUCAGUAUUUUAAUUUUUGUAUGUUUUAAAGUAUGGCUGCACAUUUUUCUUGGUUUUAUUGUUUUCUCUUUUUGAAACCACUUUGAGGUUGUGUGUGUGUGUGGUUCUUUUUUACAAUCAAGCAGUGUAUAAAUUUUACAAAAUAAAAUAAAUAAACAGGGAGGGGGUUCCGUCUGACCUCAACUGGAAGGGAGUUCCACAGAGCUCCUGCUGGUUAUGAGCUGUGCAUUCAAGCCAUGGGGAACCACUAGCAGUUACUCCUAAAAUUUCUUCUUCAUCAUCAUCAUCUUCUUCUUCUUCACAGCAUUGGGGCAGUAUUUGCCUGUAAACUGGAUUUAGGUCCAAAGCAGAGGUGCAGGUGUGGCCAGAUCCAUGUGUUUAAACCAGACAGGAAGUGGGGAGGGUGACUGAUUUAAAGAUCAAUGGGCUGGGCUUCUUUCAGCCUCUGCUCAGGACUUAAAAUACCCCAGGUGGGGCUGCCCCAACAGUUCUCUCAAGUUACUAGUGGUCCCUUUAGGAGCUGGUUCUCAUGGGCUCCAAAUCUUGGGCUUCACCCCCCCCCUUCUUAGAAGUCGUAAAGGUAAAGGGACCCCUGACCAUUAAGUCCAGUCAUUACCGACUCUGGGGUUGCGGCGCUCAUCUCGCUUUAUUGGCCGAGGGAGUCGGAGUACAGCUUCUGGGUGAUGUGGCCAGCAUGACUAAGCCGCUUCUGGCGAACCAGAGCAGCGCACGGAAACGCCGUUUACCUUCCCGCCAGAGCAGUACCUAUUUAUCUACUUGCACUUUGACGUGCUGUCGAACUGCUAGGUUGGCUGGAGCAGGGACCGAGCAACAGAAGCUCACCCCGUUGCGGGGAUUCAAACCGUUGACCUUCUGAUCGGCAAGUCCUAGGCUCUGUGGUUUAACCCACAGCGCCACCCGCGUCCCUUCUUAGAAGUCUUACAUAAAUGCUAUUGCUAGUGUCACAACUCUGAAACCUUUCUUUUUCUUUUAAAGGACAAAAAUUCCCCAAGUCAUUGGAAAUUUCCCUUUCUGGAACUGUGACUUUUGGCACCUUGAGUCAGGAGCAGCAGAUUGACCCUGUGUGCACUGGAAACACCACUUACAUCAAAGUAAGUCGUCAGCUUCAAGAGAAGCUGGGUCUUAAUCGUGCAGUUGUGUGUCGCCAUCGCCCCCCCCCCCCCCCAAAAUGGACGGACUUGCGCACAGUUUUCAUCAAGAAACUUUGUAAGGGCCUUCAACCUGCAUAUGGGUGGAUGUUAGAAAACAAGAGGGACAUUGGCAUUUUCCGUUCCUGUCAUCCAAGUCUACUCACUUAUGUGCAGGAAUACCAAAACAGUUCAAGGGGUGUGAGAGCCUUCACUAGCUGUAGGAAGUAACCUCCUUGUGCAAAGAUUAAGUAAAGGUAAAGGGACCCCUGACCAUUAGGUCCAGUCGUGACCGACUCUGAGGUUGCGCGCUCAUUUCGCUCUAUAGGCUAAGGGAGCCGGCAUUUGUCUGCAGACAGCUUCCGGGUCAUGUGGCCAGCAUGACUAAGCCGCUUCUGGCGAACCAGAGCAGCACAUGGAAACGCCGUUACCUUCCCGCAGGAGCGGUGCCUAUUUAUCUACUUGCACUUUGAUGUGCUUUUGAACUGCUAGGUUGGCAGGAGCAGGGACCGAGCAAUGGGAGCUCACCCCGUCGCGGGGAUUCGAACCGCCGACCUUCUGAUCGGCAAAUCCUAGGCUCUGUGGUUUAACCCACAGUGCCACCCGCGUCCCCGUGCAAAGAUUAGAUACACCAUAUUUUCACGUGUAUUAGACGGGUUUUUUUGACUCAAAAAUCAUGUCAAAAAACUAGGGUCGUCCAAUACACGGAUAGUGGCAUUGGGGGCGGGGGAGAAGCGGCGCACCAGCCAGCCGGUUGGGAGCGCAACUUCCUCCGAUGUCGCUGUGCGCGGGAAAUGAUCUAGGGAGUGUUUCCUGCCCGCAGCUGCGUGGGGGGAGAAGCUCAACAACCUUGGGCCAUCUCCUCUCAUUUUCUUAAAAUUGAGUCCUCAAAAAUAGGGGCGGUGUCUUAUACAUGGGGGCGUCGUAUAGACGGAAAAAUACGGUAUAUUCUACCUAGUCGAUGGGGACAGGGAGGUGUUUGAGCAGACAUGAGGAUCUGUACAUCUUACUGUUUUCUGCUUGGCUGCGCUUAGCUUUAUUUUAGAAUCCUGGAUUUCACGCUGACCGGAUGUUACACAGACCAGCAUUCCAUCCAGGUCUUUUCCUCAGGAAAACCAAAGAUCAGUACAGGUGAGCAGGGUCACAUCUGCCGCUGGUUUUACGUUAAAACAGAAGGACACCUUUAGCAAGGUGUAAAUAGGUGAACUUGCCCUGGGGCCUCCAUUUCAAAAUUACGUUCUGCAGAAUUUAUCAUUAUUGUUAUUAAUUAAAUUCUACACCACCUGUCGUGCGAUAAUCACGGUGCAGUUUGCCGUAUAGAAACACAAAAAUGCGACAGAAACAAUCACACACACACAGUUUAAAAGGCCAUAGAUUUAAUUAGAAAAGGAAGGUUUUUGCCCAUCGCUUAAAGAUAUAUAAUGAAGGUGCCAGGCGAACCUCCCUGGGGAGAGCAUUCCACAAGCAGGGAGCCACUGCAGAGAAGGCCCCGUUCUUGUGUUGCCACCCUCCUGACCUCUCGAGGAGGGGCCACACGAAGAAGGGCCUCAGGUGUUGAUUGCAGGGUCUGGGUUAGUUCAUAUGGGGAGAGGCAGUCCUUAGGUAUUGCGGUCCUGAGCCAUUUAAAGCUUUAUAGGACAAAGCCAGCACUUUGAAUUGGGCACCUGCCACCCAUCUGGUCUAGGGAACUGCCCACUAACAGAGCUGCAGCCUUACCUGGAUUGAGCUUCAGUUUGUUGGCUCUCAUCCAGUCCCAUUACCAAGGAAAGACACUAGUCCAGCGCUUCCACUGCCUCACCUGCAGAUGUAAAGGAGAAAUAGAGCUGUGGACCAUCAGCAUAUUGCUGCCAACACGCUCCAAAAUGUAGCUUUCAACUAUAUGAUUUAGUUAUUAUGUCUAGUAUAAACAUGUUUUUUUAAAUGAUGAAAUUACAAUCUCAAAUGUAAUUUUAAUCAUUUGUGCUUUUGUGUGUUUUGAGAUACUGUAUAGUAGCUUAUUUCUCUCUCUCCCCCUCUGUGUGUGUGUGUGUUUAUUUUAAUUUCAGCUCGAGAAUUGCUUUCUUCAGAUUACUACAUCUGGAAUUCCAAAGCCCCGGCACCUGUAGUGUAUAGAACUUUACUUUUCUAAUUUCCCCUCAAUUUUGUACUUGAAAUGGGAAAAAAGUACUGAAAUGUUUUAACUGAUCUGUUCAUUAUUUAAGACCGUGUUU